AUGAACGGCAUGUCGCGCUUCCUUAGCCGGCGCGAAAAGCAUCAUGAGAAGCGCGCAUCCAAGCACGCCAGCAAACAAGUACGCCCGAGCUCUUUCGCUUCUGUCAACUCUCUCAGUCCGUUGCUAUGGUCGCCCGAUACUGCAGCACCGGAACGCUCUCCGGUCCGCCAGCGACGGCUGUCCAGUAGUAUCGAGACGUUGUAUCACAAGCUUCCAUUUGUAUUGCGAACAUCGGUAGAAGAUAGCCUUUUAUUUCUACACCAAAAGCUGCCGUCUCGUAAUUAUCUUGCGCCAAUCGACAUUCGACCGUCUUCUUCGAAUUCUUCUGACUAUAUCUUACUCCAGUCUCGCUCGGCCAAUACGUCGCCAGAACUAUAUAGAAUAUUCACAAGCGAAGGUCCAAGACCACCAGCAAACAAUGAAGCCGACAAGAAGGUCAAGAUGCUCCUUAGCCGCCUUCAAGGUGCUGGCAUAACCAGCAUGGGGGAGCAACAAGCCGAAUACGCGCUUGCAUGGCAGCCCGACGAUCUCGACCGCGCCUAUGACCUCCUAGUACUCGCAAACGAAUCCUUCGAGGGCGAAUUAAAAGAAUACAAUCCCAACGUAACUAUGUUGGGCGCCAUCAACCGGAACAUGGUUACCUGUUAUCUCGACGCACUUCUGUUCGCCAUGUUUGCCCGCCUAGACAGUUUUGAAGCGAUGCUAUACGACAAUUUUGAAGAUGAGCCAAGGAAAAAGUUGGCGGCUGUAUUGCGACUAUGGGUCAAUCUUUUACGGAGCGGAGAACUCAUCAAGGUUGACUUGACCAAACACCUCCAAGAUUCACUCGCAAAGUGUGGAUGGGAAGAUGCGGCCCAGGUUCGACAACAAGACGCAUCCGAAGCCUUUACCUUCAUCACCGGUGUACUUGAGCUGCCGCUACUUACUCUGAAGAUGGACAUUUACCAUACGGGGCGUGAAGACAAGGAAGACGAUCACAAGUUCGUCAACGAACGGUUACUAGAAGUCGCGAUCCCGGAACAAGAGGGUGACAGUGUGGUUACGUUGGAGGACUGCCUCGAGACCUACUUCAACAACAGAAUCGAAGUCAAACGGUACCUGCAACGGCAAAACACGAUAGCGUCCAUGAGGUCAAGAGAUGGGGAGUUGGUAGACAGGGACCCGGAGAAGAAUGAGACCUUCCAUAUCGAGACCACGGAACUGGACGGAUCAAUGACUCCGCUUGUCUCAACGCCGAUUUCCCUAGGGCCCACCACGCCAUUGACGCCAGUACGACCUGUCCUGGAAGGGCGUCGCAGAGCCGAUAGUAUCUUCAGCCAGCGGUACGCGCGUCAGCCAGAGAGCAAGUUUGACGAGAAGAAACACGUCGAAGACGUAUUAGAUACAAGCUCUGGUGGCCGGCCACGAUCUGCUUCUCUACUUAAGAAGGAGAUUCUCAUGCCUGCGUGGCAGUUCUUCAGCCUCAUUCCCUGGUAUACCGACAAUGUCCCCAGAACAGAUGCCCAAGUCGCCGCACAUUUUUCAGUAAAACGUCCCGUGCUUGGAAUAUGCCUAAAGAGGUACACGAUGACGCCAAAUGGAUCCCCAAAGCGGCUGGAUACCUAUGUCGACAUCCCGCUCGACAUUGGACUUCCUCACUUUAUCUCCGACGACAGGAUGAAAGACGAGGGCCCGCUCUUUGGCAACUUCAAGCUAGUCCUCCAGUCUGUUGUUUGUCAUCGGGGCGUAUCAGUCGAUUCGGGGCACUAUAUUGCCCUCGUACGUGCCAACACUCCUGGGCGACCUGGGACUUCGCAUUCUGAGCCAGAAGAAGACCAGGAUAAAUGGUUACGGUUUGAUGAUCUUUCGAAACAGCGAGUGACCGAGGUCGAUAUCAAGAAGGCUCUACGCGAAGAAUCCCCAUAUCUCCUCUUUUACCAAGUACAGCCCAUUGAUGAAGAGCUGGCUUCACGAGGAGAUCCUCCAACCUACACAGAGGCACAAUCCCAACUCCCAUCAGUCAAUCCCUCGCACGAAAAGCUUGCUUCGGUGUCUUCGACAAAUUCAUCAGACACAGACAAGAUUGGAGGGAGUGAGCAAGCUAAUAUAUCAAAUGAGCGUGUUGAUGUCAACCAAGCGGACGAGCCGCUUAGCAGAAAUAGCGUUUCCAGCAAUCGGGCGAGCAGCGUUGCAAUUGAGGACAUUGAUGGCAACCUGCGCGGUCGGAUGGAGCCACAGACACCAGACGAGCAGAAGAGCAGUUUUUUGACCACAUCUCGACGCGGUUCCCGUAUAUGGAUGCCCGGGAACACCAAAAGUCGGUCAGGCAGUCCAACAACCGAGACUCGAUUAUCCAUCACUAUAUCAAGGCUUACGGGGCGCGGUAGCAAAGACAAGCUCACCAUGGCCGAAGCCGGCUCUGCUAAUGAUGAUACCGUCAUCUUGAGCGACAAUACCAAGGGCGUGGAAAUCAACCAGCCUGUGCAAUCGCCGGCAAAAGACCGGAAAGAUAGCGGCAAGAUCAAAAAAGAGAAGAAGGAUAGGUUGAGGAGUAAGAGCAGGGAUCCUGGUGCAGCCUUGGAGAAAGGUAAGCACAAGGACAAGAACCGUCCGGACCGCGAGUGCGUCAUCAUGUGA